UAGAAAAAUUAAAAAAAAGAUAACGACUAAAACGGAAAAUGCUGUGUGAAUGCACCGCGUCUCAUUUUGUAUUAAUAUUUUAGAAUAAUGAAUAAAGUAGUGCAUAUUAUAUAUUAAUACGUAACAGUUAUAUCGCAGUAUAUAUAUUCGUAUACAUUUUUAUCGAUUUAAUACAGUGAUUUGCACAAUAAAACGAAAUGAAGGAUCCCUUUGUUAACGACUCGUGUAUUGAUUCGCCCGCAAGGGAUAGUUUAAAAAAUAUAGAUGGGUGUUACAGUAAAAACUUAUUUAAGAAUAAGCCUUUUAUAAAUUCUCGUCGUGCCUUACAAUCGGGUGCAGAUAAAAUAUCGAAAACCUUCAAAAGUGUGAGAAAUACUUUCGGAAAUCUCUCGCAGCAUUUCAGAUUGAGUGGUCGAAGGAGGCAUCGUUUAGCUGAACCUAUUUCACCGUGCAGGACACCAACUACUCCUGUUGCCAAGAAAAAAUUGCUAUUUGGUCGCAGUCCAACCAAGCUGUACAGUCCCUUUGGCAUCGAAACUCCGAGGAACAGAGACUUCAGGAUCUCACCAUACAUGCCCAACACUCCCGAGCAUGAAAUGUCUCCAAAACGGCGUAAAGGCAUCACACAGUCGUGGCAUCUGCUCGCUAAAAAGAGGCCUCGAGCACUCUUCCAAUAACUCUUUAUUACCACAGUAUAUUAUUAUAAUACCAGUAUAAUAUUAUAAUAUAUUAUAUUAUAUCGCACAACCCACCGCUAUGACAGCUUUUUGUCAAGUAUUGUAUGUGAUUGGUGCUAUAUGUGACUGACUGUUGUAGGGAAUCAACCUUUUGCUAUUUAUGAUUUAACUAGAUUUCCGCCCGCGGCUUCGCCCGCAUUUUCAAAGGAAAACUCGCAUAGUUCCCGUGGGUUUUCCGGGAUAAA